AUGAAUAGUUUUUUCCAAACAUUAUCUGCUAUUGCAUUGAUUAUCGUUUUAAUGAGUUUAGAGCUUAAACCUAAACCAAAGAGUAGAAGAACUGCUCCAGUCAAACUACAUCAAGAAUUUGAGGAUGAACAACCAAUUAAACAAGAUUAA